AUGGUGGUAUUGAACCUAUUCUUUGGCCUGCUGGCUGCUGUGCCUGUCCUGGGCGACUCGUGCUGGCGGAACACCACCUGCAGCGCCAUCACAGAGGCCGCCUUUCCGGGCGUAUGGGACGACGACAUCUUCGCCCCUGACUCUCGCCUCGUCCCUCCGCAGUCCAUCCUCUCAGCGAGCAACGGCGAGAUCAUCUCCUCUUGGAACGGCACUGCGAAUCUUGCCGGCAAUGGCUCCCAGCUCGUCUUCGACUUCGGCAAGGAGGUGGGUGGCAUCGUCCACCUGGAAUUCACUGCCUCUGGGAACAGCUCCGGUGCCGUGGGUCUCGCCUUCACCGAGGGGAAGAACUGGAUAGGUGAGUGGUCUGAUUCGUCGAACGGCGAGUUUGUCGGGCCUGACGGCGCCAUCUACGCCAACUUCACCGGGGCGGGCGACGUCAGCUAUGUGAUGCCCGACGAGCGGCUGCGGGGUGGUUUCCGGUACUUGACGCUGUUCCUCAUUGCCGAGUCCGCCUCUGUGGACCUGUCGUCGAUCCAGCUCGAGAUCGGCUUCCAGCCCACGUGGUCAAACCUGAAGGCGUACCAGGGGUACUUUCACAGCUCGGAUGCCCUGCUGAACGCCAUCUGGUACUCGGGCGCGUACACUCUGCAGACGAAUGCGGUGCCUGUCAACUUUGGAAGAUGGGUCCCUUUCUUGCACACGGGCUGGGCGAACAAUGGUACGCUGGGUCCUGGUGACACCAUCAUCGUGGACGGUGCGAAGCGCGACAGGGCGGUCUGGCCUGGUGAUAUGGGUGUCGCCGUGCCGUCGACUUUUGUCUCCAUUGGGGAUCUCGACAGUGUCAAGAAUGCCCUCCAGACCAUGUACAACAACCAGAACGCGGAUGGAUCGUUUCCCGAAGCAGGGCCCCCUCUUCUUCAACAGGAUAGCGACACGUACCACAUGUGGACCAUGAUCGGCACAUACAACUACCUCCUCUUCACCAACGAUACAGCCUUCCUUGCCGAGAACUACGAUGGCUACCUGCGGGCCAUGGACUUUAUCUACGGCAAGGUCCUGGCCCCAGGCCUCCUCAACGUCACAGGGACGCGGGACUGGGCACGUCUGCAGACAGGCUUCAACAUGUCCGAGGCACAGAUGAUCCUCUAUCGCACGCUCAACACUGGAUCGUCCCUGGCCGAGUGGAUAGGUGACACGGCCAACAGCACACUCUGGCUGUCCCGCGCGUCCUCCCUCCAGAACGCCACGUUGGAGUACUGCUUCGACUUCUCGUACGGCGCCUUCAAGGACAACGCCACCGCUACUACCCUGCACCCACAGGACGCAAACAGCAUGUCAGUGCUCUUUGGGCUUGUGGACGCAGACAGCGACACGGCGCAGAGCAUUUCGUCCCGCCUUACAGAAAACUGGACGCCCAUCGGGCCCAACAGCCCCGAGCUGCCGGGGAACAUCUCCCCCUUUAUCAGCGGGUUCGAGGUGCAGGCCCAUCUCACGGCGGGGCAGACAGAACGCGCGCUCCAGCUGAUCCGCGACAGCUGGGGCUGGUACCUGCACAACCCCAACGGCUCGCAGUCGACGGUGAUGGAGGGGUACCUGAUCAACGGCACCUUUGGCUACCGGUGGGCGCGGGGGUACGACAACGACUUCAGCUACCCGUCGCACUCGCACGGGUGGUCGUCCGGGCCGACGUCUGCCUUGACCGAGUAUGUGCUGGGGCUGAGCGUCACGGGGAGGGUGGGCAGCACCUGGAGCUUUGCGCCGCAGUUUGGCAACCUCAGUUUUGCCGAGGGCGGGUUCAGCACGAGCCUGGGCAAGUUCAGCGCCGCGUGGACGACUGGUGGUGGAGGAGCAGGAGGCUAUACGGCGCGGGUGAACACGCCGACGGGGACGCUGGGGAAUUUGACGCUGCCGGUGGUGGAGCAGGGGGUGCUACCGACUGUGAACGUGGAUGGACAGGAGGUUGAGGCGACCUGGCUGAGGAAGAGUGGGGUGGUAUUCGAUACGGUGCUGGUGAGCGAUGUCAAGGGUGGGAAUCAUAGUAUUGUGGUGACCUAA